AUGCUUGAGCUCUUCAACGAACUUUGGACCACCGACUCCUAUCCAGCAUCGUGGAGGGAAAGCCUAGUCAUUCCGAUCCCGAAGACUAACGAAACAACGAAAGACGCGACGAAGUUCCGGCCCAUUGCCCUCACCUCCUGCAUGAGCAAGGUGUUCGAGCGGAUGGUGAACCGGAGAUUGAAGACCUUUCUGGAGACGAAUAGCUUGCUCGAUCACCGGCAACACGCCUUCCGUCAAGGAUGCGGCACCUCUACCUAUUUUGCCACACUGGGAGACGUGCUGAAAGAUGCCUUCGACCAGGGACACCACACCGAAAUCGUUUCGCUUGACAUCUCCAAGGCUUUCAACCGAACCUGGACUCCGGCCGUGCUUGCCCAACUCGUCCGUUGGGGACUUAAGGGACACAUGGUCCACUUCGUUCGGAAUUUCCUCACCGACCGCUCCUUUCGCGUCGCCAUUGGUAACGCCAAAUCCAGCAGCUUUCGGGAAGAAACGGGGGUCCCCCAGGGAUCCGUGAUCUCUGUCACGCUUUUCUUAAUUGCGAUGAACGGUGUCUUUAACCGGCUACCCAAGAACGUGCACAUUUUUGUGUAUGCCGACGACGUACUCAUCGUGGUAACCGGGCCCACCACAAUCCGCACCAGGAACAUAGCGCAAGCUGCCGUCACAGCCGUCGUGAAAUGGGCCGAAACAGCUGGUUUCCAGCUCUCGGCCAGGAAAAGUGUUAGAUGCCACGUCUGCCCGUCCCGACACAGGGUAAGCGGGGCCGCCAUCAAGAUCGCCGAUCAAGCUAUCCCCGUUAGGAACUCCGUUCGGAUUCUGGGUGUUCUGGUGGACCGCACGUUGUCUUUCGUGCCCCACUUCAACCAGGUAAAGAAGGAUUGUAGAAGCAGGGUCAAUCUGGUCAGGACCAUUUCCAGGCCACACCGAUCCAACAACCGGGCAGUUCGCUUCCGUGUCUCGCAAGCCAUCAUCGACAGCCGGCUGCUGUACGGAACCGAACUUACGUGCAUCGCAUCGGAGAAGCAGGAGGAAAUUCUUGGCCCGACUUUCAACAGCUGUAUCCGGAUCAUUUCUGGUCUCCUACCUUCCACCCCCGCAGAUUCUGCGUGUGUUGAAGCAGGGGUUCUACCCUUUCGGUACCGCAUCAUAAACGCCACGCUGUACAAAGCUGCAUCCUUCGCCGCCAAAACAGCAGGGAAUGGCAGAGUCUUCCUCCUCGACGAGGGGGAUAGAAUCAUGCAAUCGAUCGCCAGCAUCGACCUCCCCCCGGUGGCUAGGAUCCACUGGCACGGAGAGAAGAGUUGGCUCUCUUCCAAACUCAUAAUCGAAAACGCGAUCAAGAAUCGAUUCAAAGCAGGAGACAACUCAGUAGCCCUACGUUGCACAGUAGCUGAGCUUCUCAGGUCCAAGUUUACCGAUUUCACCCACCGGUACACCGAUGGUUCCCGAUCCAACACGGGCGUUGGCAUCGGAGUAUCCGGAAGUGGCAUACUCGUCAGCAACAGCCUACCACCGCAGUGCUCCGUUUACUCGGCAGAAGCGGCCGCGAUCUUCCACGCGGCCACUUCACCAGCUAAUCAACCAAUUCUCAUUUUAACAGAUUCGUACAGCGCUAUCCAGGAGCUCUGCUCGGCAACUCCCACCCACCCGUGGAUUCAGGCUACUGUCAAGUACGCACCCAGUAAUACCGUUUUUGCGUGGAUACCCGGCCACUGCGGAAUUCCCGGAAACGAGGCAGCCGACCAACUCGCUGGAACUGGACCGUCGGGUCCCAGAUUCACCGACAAAGUUCCCCUCCAGGACGUCAGACGGUGGAUUAAGGCCACCGUUCGGAAGGCAUGGACCGACCAAUGGGCCAGCACUCGAGGGCCUUUCAUCCGGAAAAUCAAGGGAACCACGGAGGCAUGGACGGACCUCCGAAACCUACCGGACCAGAGGAUACUCUCGAGGCUGAGAACUGGACACUGCCGUCUAUAUCUCAACUUCGGCGGAGGACCCUUCCGCAGGAGCUGCACUAUUUGCCACCUUCCGGCAACCGUCGAACACCUACUGUGUGUCUGCCCGGAAUUCCAGGACCUCCGGGAGACUUAUGGGAUUACCUCCAGCAUCCGGAACCUGCUCGGAGAGGACUCGCCUGCUGCCGACGCCCUCCUGGUAUUCCUGAGGGAGGCGAAUUUGUAUCAUCAAAUUUAG